UCAUACACUUUGAAUAUCCAACUCUAUAUCUUCGAAGUUUGAUCACCCAAAUUAAAUGGCCUCUUCAAAUGAAACCAAAAGCCAAAUCCAUGCCAGUAAUAUACAGGAAGACCACGAGGAACAAGCUUCCUCAUACGCAAUGCAGCUUGUCAACUCAGCCACUCUGCCCAUGACUCUGCAUGCUGCACUUCAACUGGACAUUUUCCAGAUCAUAGCGAAAGCCGGAGCUGAUGCCAAGCUCUCCCCACAAGAGAUAGCAACCCAGUUGGGCACCCAGAACCCCGAUGCGCCCAUGAUGUUGGACCGCAUCCUUUGGCUCCUAGCGACCUACAAUGUGCUCACUUACUCUGCUAUUGUUAAGGAUCAUCAUGGUGAUCCUCAGAGACUAUAUGGUUUAGCACCUGUAUCCAAGUACUUUAUCCAGAAUGAAGAUGGCGUUUCAUUAGGACCCUUGAUGACUUUGCUUCAGGACAAGAUCUUCUUAGAUAGUUGGGAGAUCCUUGAGUCCCACAAAGGAUUUGAGCACCUCACCCGAUUAGUUCAAGUUGGUGGUGGUCUAGGAGUCACUCUCAGCUUCAUCACUUCCAAAUACCCUUUCAUCAAGGGAAUUAAUUUCGACUUGCCUCGUGUUUGGAUACUACAUGAUUGGAGUGCUGAUCUUUGUGUUAAACUGUUGAAAAAUUGUUACGGUGCCACACCUGACAAUGGACAAGUAAUCAUUGUGGAUGCAAUCGCCCCAAAUUUGCCCAAGAAAGAUAUUGCUUCAAGGGCCAUUGCUAAGAGGGAUGUGUUUAUUAUGAUUAAAAACCAUGGAGGGAAGGAAAGGACACAGCAUGAAUCCAUCGAGUUGGCAACUAGAGUCGGAUUCAGUGGCAUCAAAUAUGAAUGUUUAGUGUUUAAUACCUGGGUGGUCAUGGAGUUUCUUAAGUAAUAUAUUAUGUGGCGGAAACACACCCCAAUUUAAGAUUUAAAAUAAUAAUAAUAUUAAAAGUCAUAUCCUUAA